UGCUAGCUUGCUCAGGUGGUACGCAACGUAGCAGACGUUGCCUCAGGUGGCAAAUAGUAUAUAAUAUAGUCCAGCGUUCUUGCGACUUGUAAUUAAGCAAGAUAAUCAAUCAGGUGAGGAGACCAUGGUUCCUGUUCUGCCCAUUUUACUACUUCUCCUACCUGCAGCUAGUUUCUCUCCGGUUGCUCAUGCAAAAGGUCGUCAUGGACACUCGCUGAAACCACACGCCGUCUGCUCCGGACUCAGGGUGUUUCCGUCCUCCAACACCACCUGGUUGCCGUUGCACCACCGGCGCGGCCCGUGCUCGCCGUCCUACUCCACCGGGAGCAGAACCUCCACGACGACGAACAUUCUCCGCCGGGACCAACUCCGCGCCGACGACAUCCGAAGGAAGCUCUCCAAGAAGGGCGACGUGACAGUUUCAACCGCGCUAGGAACCUUGGAGAACACGCUGGAGUACGUCGUCACCGUGGAGCUUGGGACGCCGGCGGUCAGCCAGACACUGCUUGUCGACACCGGGUCCGACCUCUCCUGGGUGCAGUGCCGUCCUUGUCCCGUGCCUCCGUGCCACCGCCAGAAGGACGUCGUCUUCGACCCGAGCAAGUCGUCCACCUACUCCUCCUUCCCUUGCGGCUCUCCUGCCUGCGCGCGGCUCGGUUCUCAAUACACCAAUGGCUGCUCCAACGGCCAGUGCGACUACGUUGUGAAGUAUAACGACGGCUCCAACACCACUGGGACGUACAGCUCUGACACCCUGACGAUGACCUCCUCCGGCGUGGUCAGCAACUUCCUGUUCGGCUGCAGCCAUGCCGAGCAGGGCUUCUCCGACCCCGACCGAACCGACGGGAUCCUCGGGUUCGGCGGCGGCACGCAGUCGCUCGUGUCGCAGACCGGGGGCAGAGCCUUCUCCUACUGCCUCCCGCGGACGGCGAGCCACACCGGGUUCCUCACGCUCGGCGUGCCGCACAUCUCAUCCUCAAGGUUCGCCGUGACGCCCAUGUACAGGUUCAGAAACACCCCCACGUUCCACGUCGUGAUCCUGCAGGCCAUCACCGUGGCCGGACGGCGGCUCGGCGUGCCCCCCUCAGUGUUCUCCGCGGGCUCCAUCAUGGACUCGGGCACCAUCAUCACCCGGCUGCCGCCGACGGCGUACCGGGCGCUGCGGGCGGCGUUCAGGGCCGAGAUGAAGAUGUACCCGCCGGCGAGCCCCAUCAGCAUCCUCGACACGUGCUUCAACCUCACCGGCGUCCGCCGCGUCAUGGUGCCAAGAGUUGCUCUCGGGUUCGACCGGGGCGCGGCCGUGGAGCUCCACUCCUCGGGCAUCAUGCAGUACGGCUGCCUCGCGUUUGCGCCUAACGGUGACGACGCCACGCCGGGGAUCAUCGGCAACGUGCAGCAGAGGACGUUGGAGGUGCUGUACGACGUCGGCGGCUGGGCCGUUGGAUUCCGGCGUGGCGCGUGCUGACAGUAUCCACGGACCACGAUUGCAUGGCUGCACCCCACAGAAACCCAAGUUGUGUACCACUUCACUAGUUUCACACACUACUGCGCGUGCUUUUCUCUUCUCUUUUUAGAACUCAUGGUUUGGUUUGGAGUUUUGGACUCAACAAUUCAACAUAGUUGG